AUAAACAAGUUGACUGCCAGAGUUAGCUGCCAGUCCUGCGAGCCUCUGGGCUGAGCCUCCUUUUUGAGGGAGUCAGAAAUACUGACAGCAAAAGUGAGUAAGGGAGGAGAAGAGGGACAAAGCAAAGGGGGAACAGGAAAAGAGACGGGGCAGAAAGACAGGGAAAUCCAUCAGAAGGAAAGAAGGACAGGAAAGAAUUGACAGGAGAAAAGGGAGAAGAAGAGAGGAAAAGGCAGACUGAACUGAGCUUCAGUCUCUCCUCCUCUCCUUUGACAAAGCAAAUAAAGUCAUGGCUGAGAACAACACAAAUCUCCCUCUGGAAAUACUUCAGCCUUUCGAUGUUGUCCCCCUGAUUAUAGCUUUCUGUGUGUCUGUGGCAGUGGGCCUUCUCCUGGGCGCCCUAGUUUAUGUGAUGCUGACUUGGGUUUCCAGACGCAAAGCAGGCACUGCCAGCAUCACCCGGCGCCCGCCUCGCCACUCACACACUUCUCCCCGCCAUCGUCCAGGCUUUAACCGCAGCAGCAGCUAUGAUCGGCGAAGCAACAACAGCUUAGUCACCGCUGCGUUCACCUUUCACCGCCAGACUUCGUCCCCAGAUCACUUUGACCCAAUGGCGCACAAAUCCAGCUUCAGGGGCUCCACCUUCCACCCGCUCCUCCAGUGCAGCCAAAUUGCAAGAGAGGCAGAGGAGGGGAGCCAAACCACACUGCCACGUACACCAACUCUGGCCAUGUCAACUGGAUCAGCUCAAAAUGUAGCCCAGCCAGCUGCCACCCCACCAAUACCAGAGUCAUUUUGGGGGAACAACAGUGUGCGAGGCCUCCAUGCUACACAGACCCCACCACCAGCUUAUGAGAGUAUUAUCAGGGCUUAUCAGGAAACCCAAACCUGAGAGGAGUGAGAGCAAUACAGGCUGACACUAACUGGAAGAUGGAAAUGGAUUUCCACAUGAUACUGGACUAAAACUAUGCUGAUUUUUAUGAGCAGGUAGAGCAGGGGUGGCGAAAACAAGGUCGAGGUCAAGCUCAGCUAAGUGCCCUGCUUAACACAAUAAGUCUCUGAAACUACAUAAUUUUUCAAGGUCUUCUGCUCUAUAUUUAUAAACAUAUUUGCCUUUCAUCAUUAAAUGCCUUAUAAAAUAUUUAAAAACAGUCAUCUGCACACGAGGCCCCAGCUGCUCACAAUGUGAGCAGACAUUAUUCCUUUUAAACCGAGUAGUUUGUAUGUAAUUUUGAUUAUUUAAGGAGCAAGGAAAGACAUAUGCUUUCUCCCUGCAGGUCAUACAAUAACUAUGCAAAAAGGGAGAUAAUAUUGUACAUGUGAAGCUUAAAAAAAAAAUCUAAAUGUGUGCAAGCCUGUAGUUAAUAAAGUGCAAAAGACCCAUUUGAUGUUCAGUCAAAUUAAUGUUGAAAACUGGGUAAAAUGGACCUUUUUUUUUUAAUUUGCUGAAUCACACACAUUUACAGAGCUGCCACAAUUGGUGUGUGUGUGUGUGUGUGUGGGUGUGUGUGUGUGUGUGUGUGUGUGUGUGUGUGUGUGUGUGUGUGUGUGGGUGGAGGGGGGAACUCAAAAUGAUUUUAUGUAUGUGUUUGCAUGAACAGCACUUGUGAAUGUGACACAUAAGAAAAGGUGGGCAUUAGGUGUAAGAAUUUCUUUCUGUUACAUAUGUUUUGAAUGUAUUUUACUGGACACUGCUCUUAAGUUAAUGCAAUAAAGCAAGACUCAAAAAGA